UCAUAAUCCAAAAGAUGACUGAACACAAGAUAGAGAUCCCAAUCAGUUCAACAUCAGAUCAAGGUGCUCUGAUAGGAAUCUUAAGGAAACAAGAUUCCUCACCUCUACAAUCCACAUCCCAACCGCAACCCAAACCGAUCACGUUAAUCUUGCACGGCGUUUUGGCACAUAAAGAUCAAUUGUAUCAUCGUAAAUUGGCACAAACACUUCCUUGCGAUUCGUUUAGAUUUGAUUUCAGACAUGCUGAUCAAGGAGGUGAAUCACGUCAUGCACCAGGCUCAGAAGGAUGGCAUAUGAGUAGUUUCGAUCAAGAUAUUUUGGACAUUCAUACGGCAAUCUUGUAUCUUCGCAAAACAUUUAAUUACCAUGUCGAAAGUGUUAUCGCUCAUUCACGUGGAGUAUUGAAUAUGUGGCAAUACUUUUGGGAUGUCGAAAUGAGAAGAUUGAACGUUAUUCCAAAUAACACUCAAAAUUUCAUCUUGGAUCGUAUUCCUUUUUAUGUCGCUUUAGCAGGAAGAUGGGAUAUGCACAGGAUGCGUAAAAGGUUUCCUGAUGAUUCUAAAGAACUUCAAAAGAAAGGAUACUUUGAAUGGAAAGUACGUGUGGCAGGCAAGAACUUUUCCGUAAACGUCACCAAACCGAUGAUAGACGGAUUCUGUAACUUUCCCAUUGCGGAUCUGGUAAAUAAAUUCCCGGCAGAUGUGGAUGUUUUACUCGUCCAUGGUACAAAAGAUGCUACUGUACCCUAUCAAGAUGCUUUUGCAUACAUGGACAAGCUUCAACACCAUAUGCAACCACCUAGAAGGAAGGAAUCUACCGACUUAGAAUUGAUUGAAGGAGCAGAUCAUACAUUCAAGGGUCACUUUGAUGCGGUAAUCAAUACAUCUUGCGAUUAUUUGAAUCGCAGACGGAAAGCGGUAUUGGAAAAGGACGAAUUUGCAAGUCCCGCUGCGAUUGAGUUCCAGCGUCAUUGCCCCUUAUCUCCUUUGUCACAAACGCCUAACAGCAAACUGUAAUACAUUAGAUACAAUGCAUUUUUAUAUAAGGAAGAGGCGAAUAAGAGAAACGAACGUAAGAUAAUUCUUUCAGAUGCCAGAAAGAGGUGAAAUAACAAACACAACAGUAUAUAGAAAGAAAAGCUUGCGAAUGUAUGCAGGG